CAGGCAGGAUCGCCGUGCGCCUCGCUCUCCCGGGGUUCUUUGCGUUUGGAUGAUAUAAACGCGUAUAUUUUAUUUUUUAAUUGAUGUCUUUAAAGUUGGGAGGAUGGGGCAGAGCAAGAGACAAGAUGGUUUUCUAACCAGUACCGGCGUCGGACUCGAGUACCAGCCUCCGGUCUCCUUUCCUCCUCCUGGAGUCAGGUCGACGGCGUCCGACCCCCUCCCUCCCUUCCUACAAAAAUCUAAAAAAGUCUCGGCUUUUGAUGAAGUUGUCAAUGCUUUUGAGACAACCAAUGGAGACGCUUAUAAGGGGAAGCAUCCGCGGGGGGUCCUUUCUCAGCCCAGUUACCCCCUUCCGCCUCCACACUGGACAGUCCAUUACAACAAGGAAUUUGAAGAGAAUUUUAGAAAUCGGCAACUGAAAAGUCCUCGGAAUAUUCAGAAUCGGCAAAGUGAGAUGAAGGCUGCGUAUCGGGGGGAAUCAGGCCUGCCUUCCCUGAGUGAAUUUCAUGCGGGGCCACAGCCCUUUUCACUGGAGGAUCACCACAACAGCGGGCCGUCACAGUCCAUUGUGGCGAGUACGGAAAACAGGGCACUUUCUGGAAAACCCUACUAUAUAAGAGACAAAGGUGUCCUCGCUCUGAAUGACAUCUACGCUUCCACCACGACUCGGGACUUCAGGGCAUUUACAGCGAAGGAAUUGGGCAGCUACCCCAAGAAGGACGUCCUGACGUAUUGGGAGGCUGAGAAUUACCCCAAGGCCUGGGGACACGGCUUAAAAGAGAACCCUCUCCGUAGGGAUGCUAAGCCAACUCUUCGUCCACCACCACCGAUGCAAGAUACCUCGCGGUUUCCCAAUGUUACCAAAGUACCCAGAAUACCACCAGCCGCCAAACCCGUCCCGAACCGCGGACUCAAAACCUUAGCGCAGGAGAGCUACAACUGGCCCAUGGAGGCCAAGAAAUGCGACCACGUCUACAGCUCUAUGGAGCGGCCCUGGAACGUACCUCGUCAGGGAGCAGCCAAUAUGAUAAUGUCCGUGCCCAAAAUGUACAAAACCGAGUAUAAAACCUACGGAAGUGGCCAGUUGGUCAUCGUGUGAGGUCGUCCGAAGGCACAACAAAAGGGCCGCAGCGUGAAUUACUUAAUUUUAUCAUUUAAAUCCCCAAUGAAAACAUUUUGCUGUGGUCUUCUAAUUACCCCAAACCAAUUAACCCCCCACCCACUCAACCGCACACAGAAACGAGGUGUCUUUUUAAUAAUUUACUCAGCAAGUUGAUGAUGUCCACGCAAAAUGAACCCCUUCGCUCGGAUCUGUGUAUAAAUAGACAAUCUGAAGUAAAAAAAA